CGACAGCACUCCGCCAGUGCCUGCUAGCAUCUCUCCCUCCUCCUCCCUAUCCCUCCCUCCUUUCCACCCUCCCCCACCCACUCCUUUCAUCAGAAAGGGAUGAGGUAAUCCCUGCGAGGGCUCGUGAAGCACAGCCAGAGUGUGAGCGAGAGAGAGAGAAGCAGUACGAGAAGGAGCCUGUGCGUAGCUGAGAGAGAGAGAGAGAGAUGUCAGUAGCAGCAGAGUGCGAGGAGCUGGAGUCCUGACCAGCAGUACCAGCAGCAGUAGCAACUGUAGUGUUAGCUAGCGUUAGUAGCGUAGCAGCCACACGGUUUUGAGUGAGAUGAGCCGCUGCUGGGGCCGGGGCUGCUAGCGAGGAGAGGAGCGCUGCCUGCCUGCUUUGGGACAGUGACAGAGGAGAGGAGAGCUGGUGCUGGGGUCCUCGGGGUGGGGUACAGCCGUGAGCUGAGCCGUGAGGAGAGGAAUCAUGACUGAACGCUGUAGCCUAUGGAGUGCCCUGUCGGCAGCCGCCUGCUGUUUCUACAGAGGCUCCUUCAUGCAGGUGCAGUUCUCCAAGGAGAAAUACCUGCUGGAGUCUCCACCGGAGAAACUACGCAAGGAGCUGGAAGAGGAGCUGAAACUCUGCAGCAGCGACAUCAGGAGCCAUGGCUGGUACCAUGGACACAUCCCUCGAGAGCUAUCGGAGACUGUAGUCCUGCAGAACGGUGAUUUCCUGGUCCGUGAUUCGCUGAUUAACAUGGGCGACUACGUCCUAACGACCCGCUGGAACCACGAGGUUCUGCAUUUUAAGAUCACCAAGGUCCUGGUCAAGUCCAGCACUGAGUCGAAGGUCCAGUACCUGUUCGAGAAGGACAGCUUCGACUCCAUACCUGAACUGGUGAGGUUCUACGUGGCCGGGCGGCGGCCUGUCUCCCAGCCCAGUGGAGCCCAGAUCUACUGUCCAAUCAUACGCACCCUACCCCUGCGCUACCUGGAGGCCACAUUUGCCUUAGCCAAUAGCAGGCACAGCCUGGCCCACUCACCGUCCAGUCAGAGAGGAGCGUACAUCAAGAGGCGGAGCGUAACCAUGAACGACGGACUGACCACAGAGAAGCUGAUACCUCACAGCCCUUCUACUAUUCACAACCACAAGGAUGUGAUGAGGAACUGUGCCAUGAGUAUGGAUCAGAUCCAGGAGUAUCGCUGUCCCCUGUCUCCUGUAGGAGAAACACCCCUCUCCCCAGCAUACAGCCACAUCCACAGACACAGAACCCAGUCAGGGGGUAGAGUUCUGGCAGUGGUGCCCCCCUCACCAGUCCUGAGACGCUCCAGCGAGCCCCAGCUCAGCCCUGGCUCCAACAACAACCUACCCGACAUGCUAGCUGCCAGCUCCCACUCCACCCCGGCCCACUGCUCCUGCCCAGCCCCAGCAGUGGGCACUGAAACAGAGGGAAGCUACUGCGACCUCAGACCCUCCCCGGCCCCAUGCCCCGGGGCUCCGUGUGCCGCUGGCAUGCCCCCGACACCUCCAGCUAAGAGCUACGUGGAGCGGCUGCGUGUGGAGGAGGGCCGAGGGCCUGCCCCGGGGAGGGAGAACGGAGCAGGGGCUGGGGGAGAGGCGUUCAGCGUCCCCCUGGUGGAGACUGCCUCCUCCUUCAGACCAGGGAAGUACCUGUCACCCCUGAUCCCCCAGGAGAACAAGCCCUUAGAGAUGAGCGUACUGAAGAGAGUCAAGGAGUUGUUGGCUGAGGUGGACGCUAGGACGGCUGCUAAACACAUCACAAUGGCUGACUGCACGGUUGCUAGGAUACUGGGCGUUACCAAGGAGAUGCAGAGGAUGAUGGGAGUAGGUUCAGGACUGGAGCUUUUGACUCUACCUCACGGACAUCAGCUGAGACUGGACCUACUGGAGAGGUUCUACACCAUGUCUAUAAUGAUGGCUGUGGACCUGCUGGGGUGUACAGGCAGUACAGAGGAGAGGGCUGCUCUGCUCCAUAAGACCAUCCAGCUGGCUGCUGAACUCAAGAGCAACCUGGGGAACAUGUUUGGCUUUGCCGCUGUGAUGAGAGCACUGGAGCUGCCACAGAUUUCUCGCUUGGAGCAGACGUGGAUGACGUUGCGUCAGAGACACACAGAGGGAGCCAUCCUCUAUGAGAAGAAGCUCAAGCCCUUCAUGAAGAACAUGAACGAUGGCAAAGAGAGCAGUGUGCUGUCCAACACGUCCUUCCCUCACGUGGUUCCUCUGCUGUCUCUGUUGGAGAAGGGUGUGGCCGUGGGGGAGGGGCCAGGGGCGGGGAUAGAACCCUGGGAGAACGUGGAGGCGGGCGUUGAUGUGGUGAUGUCACACCUGGAGGCGGCCCGGACCAUCGCUCACCACGGGGUGCUGUACCGCACCAACGCUGAGACCAAACUACAAGGCUUCCAGGAGAGUCAGGAAGUUCUGGAGAUCUUCCGGACAGAGUUCCAGAUGCGGUUGCUAUGGGGAAGCAGGGGUUCGGAGGGCAGCCAAUCGGAACGCUAUGAGAAGUUCAACAAAGUCCUGACCGCUCUGUCUCACAAGCUGGAGCCUCCUGUACGCCACAGCGAACUAUAGCACCCAUCUCACUGAACACCCCUAUACAAAGCACUGCGCUCACAGUGCUACGACCUGCCUCCCCAUACUGCAAGGCACCUUGAUGUGGAUGUCCAAAGUGAAUAAGAGGGGAGGAGGCCGACUAAACAGAGACAAAAGAGUGUACUUAGAGAAGACAAGAGGCGAGAAGGAGCAUCUCACUGUAUAUCCCAAAAAAAGGCACAAAGGGCUUUUUCAGAGCUCUUCAAUAGGCUGUAAUAUUUCCCUCCCUAAAUGCUGAAAGACAGAGUGGGUCGAGGAGGAGUGGGGAAAUUGGGUAUUCUUCUACCCAUCAGCAAGCUACAAAGAACUACAGGUAUGGUGUGCGCUGAGGGUCAAACAGUGCGUGAGAGGUUGGAUCUAGUUGUUCUCUGGUAGAUCACAUGAAGCUCUGAUCUGUCUUCAAUACCUUCAUUAUUACCUGUACUAUUACAUCUGUACUUACUGGCUCAUUGUCGCACACUGUUCUGUCAGAGAGUAAUAGUAAACACAAUGUGUGUGUUCUGUCUGACUUGAAGAGACAGUCCUAUUAAACACAACGUGUGUGUGUGUACUUCAGGACACCAGUACCACAGAGAUACAUCGGCAUCUAUCUCUAUGACCUCUGACCUGUCUCAUCGGACCUCCGCUUUAGACUGAGAGGUUGUGUGCUCUAGAAUCUGUUCUUCUUGUAUAGACUCUCUGUGUGGCUGCCAUUCAUUCAUCACAUAGUCCAUCAGGUCCCCUGUUGAUGACACACGCAGUGUGCUCAUACAGACAGACACUUAUCUGCGCCACAACACACAAUAAUAUAUGUUGCCAAAUCAUAUCAGCUGUUUGAGACUAAGCAAUUCUCUCUGUGGGUUUUGUUUGUCUGCUGUUCAGAAGCAGUUCUCUUAUUGAGGCUCUUCUGAGAAGCACCCCUCUCCUCAUUUCUGGCAUGUCAUAAAUUUUUCAUGACUCUGAUUUUGUUUGAGUACUGUUUGGUAGUCUUUAUUUUAAUAGGGGCUAUUUUGGGAAGCAUUCCUCUCCCUCCCCUCUCCUUAUUUCUGGCAUGCCAUUAAUGUUUCAUAAUGACUCCUGUCCCAUUUACAUCAUAUGAGCAUGUUUGCCUUGUCCUCACUUGUCACAAACACACCAUUAGAAAUAUCCUUAAAGCACUCUGACCUGUUUGUGUGAAUUAAUGUCCUUCAGGCACAUUUGUUUUUCCAUGUAAAAACACUGACUACUAUUUUCUUCAACUUGAUUUAGAUGACAUUUUUCUGUGUGAUUUUAUUGCUGACCGGCAGAUUUUGUUGACAUGGUGACAUGUUUGAAGACUUUGUUGACAUGGUAACGUAACAUGUUUGAGCCUCUGCUGUUGCCGUAUAGGAUUCAGGUUUUAACCGGUGUGAAUGAAUGCGCUUUAGUCUGAAAGUGAUCAGAAUGUUCUCAGGGCAGAAUGGAGGCCCCCUCAGUCCUAGCCUGGUCCCAGACCUGUUUGUGCUGCCAACUUCUCUGGUCAUUGUCAGCCAAAGAAACUAUACGAGAUUGCAAAACAACAUGAAUAGAUGUGGGAUCAGGCUACCUCAGACCCCCUCAGUGACUGUAUGAUGUGUUUUGCUUUGUGUGUUUGAUAUGAGAUGGACAGAGUGUUGAAAAGGACAUUAGAUUUUAAAACCAUCAAAAGCGUUUUUGAUUUCACAUAUUCACUGUAGGAUCGUGCGAUUUUUCACUCACUCAAAUUCAUAAAAUGGUCUCUUUCAAUUGUAUUGUUGCUGAAAUGCUUUAGUAAAAUGCAACAUCAACAUGAGGGCUUAAAGGAAUCUGUCAACUUCCUUGGAACUAAAUACAGUGUGACCUUUGACCUUUUGAUCAAAUAAUACCUGGCAACCUUUCCUCCGCCGACUCCUAAGCAGUGUUGCGUUGAAACACAAAAGCACUAUGAAUGAAGAUAAUGAUUUCUUUUAGAUCUGUUUGUUGAAGUGUCAGUGUCUGCUGAUUGACUUCCAAUCCAUGAUGUAUUUAGGCCUGAGAUAGAGAGCUGACUCUCAGAUCUAUGCAAUCACUUUAAAUCAAUUAAGAGUCCCAUAGAAAACAAGCAGAGUAGACACUGCUGCCCCUGAGGAUGUGAGUUGUGUACUACUGGGAACAAUCCAUUUGAACACCCCUCCUAACUGGUAUGUACUACUGGGGAAACUCGUCUAUCAUCUCUGAGCUACAACUUCUCUCACAUGCUGACCUCUGACGUCACCUACUAAGAAAAUGACCUUGAUAACCGCAUUUGACAGUUCAAUGCAACAACAAAACAAUUUAUAAAAAGCAAUCAAUUAAUAUGGGUUUUGAACACUAUAAUUGGUUUACAAGCAUGAUAGCUGUACUUUUAGUUUAUGGUUGAGCCAAUCAGCAUUUCUCAAUGAGUUCAAAGCACGUGAAUGCAUCCAACUGGUAUUUAUGACUUCUCAACUGGUAAUAACCACCUUCCUACUUGGUUCUGAAUGCAGCAUAAGUGCCAGCCAGCCAGAAAGUGCAUCCCAGGUCGUAUUCAUUAGGCACCAAACAAAGGAAAACAUACUGAAACGGGGAUGGAUUAUCAAUUUUGUUUUCUGUUGCAAAACGUUUUGCUACAGUGUGCCCUAGUGAACACGACCCCAAUCAGCCAGAGAAUAAAGGGGAGAGCCAAAGUCCAAUUGCCUUUCUUGUCCAGUAGAGGGGACUAUAGUUCAGUAAGCAAAAAAAUAAAAUAAAAUAGAAGGCAUCUUGAUUUGAAUCUUUUUUUUGUGUGUUUUUGCGAUUUAUUAAUAAGGCCUACUGGUUUAGGAACGAUUUGAUGAUGUACUGUAUGUAAUUAUGUUUGUCUCACCUUAUGUUGUACAGAUUACAUGUGUACUUUUUUCCUGUUGUAAAUAGUCAUUCUGAAAUGAUGAACCUAUAAAGAAAAAGGACAAAAAACUCCCAUGUUUGUGACCCCAUGUUUUUUUAUGUACUGUACAUAAUGGUUCACUUGUUUUUCAAAUAAAAUAAAGCUCGAGUCAAUGACG